ACAGUGACACUUUGUGUAUGAGUGUUUGUGUGUUGUGUUGUAUCGGUCACUUUUUUCAACGAGUAUAAUUAUUCAUGAUAUUCAUACGUUGAAUCAGCAAAAUAAAGACCAGAAAACGAAACAAGACAAAAAUUAUCAAAUUGCUUAUAUUUAAGAAUGUCAGGUCAUCAGUAUGUUCCAAAUCCCACUAAACUAUUUGAGGAAGACGAAGAUGUCGAUGAUCAAUUAUUUCUUCGCAAUGCGAGACGACCAGGAAGUAGUAACGCAAGCCCUUCCGCUGACCAUCAAGGAUACAAGUUUGACCAGUUCCAGAAAAAGUUUUUGUCACAGAAUUACGACUCUGUUGUUGAGGGAGAGAAAUAUUGUCCAAUGAAUGCUGGACAAGUGAGAGGAGAUAAUUCAGGGACAAACUAUGCACGACCCGAUGUCCUUGGACCGGAACCUUUUGGUGCUUCUGGAGGAGGUUACAACUAUGGUGCUAAUAGUGCUGGAGGAUAUGUGUCGGACACUUUCGGAACGUCGGCGUCAGUGUCGACUUCCCCAUAUAACUCAAAGCAUUAUCGUCAGGGGCAUGCUUCGGCUGUUUACAGCGAUUUGGAUUCCGAUGUCGAUGAUGAGAUAAUCAAACAACGACAAACCUUCGAGAGCAGACGAAGAGAAUUGGAGGAAAGUACUUUACUUACAUCUCAACGAUGUCUUGGAGUCCUUCGUGAAACAGAGCAAGUUGGAAUUGCAACUGCUGAAGAAUUGCAUCGUCAGCGGGAGCAGUUAGAGAAAACUAAAAAGCAGUUAGAUGAGAUUAACAAUUCGCUGCGAUUCAGCCAAAAACAUCUCAACAGUCUUAAAAGUGUGUUUGGAGGACUUAAGAACUAUCUCUCGGGAAGAAUGAAUCAGGAUCAACAACAAAACAUCACAACUGGAAUUUCUCAAACGAACAUAUCGCCCUCUCCUUCAGAGGAAGUGUAUCCAAAUCCACAGGAUUUCCGCAUUCCCGACAGUUACUGGCCGGAUGCGGUCAACCUUAGACCUAACUAUCAUCAAAAACAAGAUAUGGCGCAAACUAAUGGAUCACCUAUGGCCGCCGGUGGUUUUAGUCAGCAGUUGGACCAAAACUUAGAUGACAUGCGUGGAAAUUUGUCUCGUCUUAAACACCUUGCUCUUGAUUUAAAUCAAGAAAUUGAUAGUCAAAAUGACCUGAUAGACGACAUUUCCAAUCGCGUAGACGAUGUUGAUGUUAAAAUUGGAAAGCAGAACAAGGAGAUGAAUCGACUAAUGCGAAAGUAAAGCAAUUGUUUGUUUAAAUUUCUCGAGUGCUUUGUCCUUAUUGUAGACGUAAGCAAAUUGAAAUUGAAUAAGCAACAGUCAGCGAAUGAUAAAAAUUAUUCCUCUCCCAUAAACUAGUUAGAUCUGUAUCAUAAGCUUAUGCUAUUUUUAAGACUCAUUAUUCAUUAUGUCAUUAUCUUUGAAAUGUGUAUAUGAAAUAACGUUCUAUUUUCAACUGCAUAUGAAAUUAAUCAGUACAAGACGUAUCUGAAAACAAAAAAAAUAGCAUCGUAAACCCUAAAUAAUAUCUUCUGUGAGAUCCCACUGAAAUGUGUAGUUGCGUAAUAAUGAUGAAAUGCAUUAAUAAUUGUAAUUAGAAAUUGGAUAACACUCCGGAUCUAUUUUGCCAAGGAAAACUUGUUAAAGUUGCAACAUGAAGAACAACAUGCCACCUAGCGAUGAAAAAAAGAUCAACGAAAAGAGCAAGACUCUACUCAUACCUAUGUAUGGAAGUUAAAUGCAGACAAAAGGCGUUAAUCGUGUACAGUGAAGGAUUUCAUAAAUUGCGAUUGAUUUCCAACAAAUUCUGCAGUGAAAUAACUUUUCAGAACUAAUAAAAGGAUGAAAAUCUUGAGCGCGGAAAAAA